AUGGUUGAAGAAGUGAGCUUUCGAAUCCGCAUCGAUGGCUGGAGCAGCACAGUGGCUGGGGGCUUUGCUGCUGCUGCUGCUGCUGAGGGCUCUGCUGCCGGCGGCCGCUCCUGUGCCGCCGUGCGAGGCGACCGACGGGGCCGGCGUGCGCCUGCACCUCCACCUCAGCAGCCACGUCAACGCCACCGGCCACCGCGUGCUGGCGUGGCGGGCGUGGUUGCAGUGGUGGGCGAGGCGCGGGCGGCGGCGUCCGCGGAGAGGGGCCCAGCGGAGGUCAUCGCUGUGAACCGCGUGCGGAAGGGGGCGGUGCCCGACGGCGACUUCGAGGACGUGCCAUAUGCAGACUACAACCCGCUCGAAACCGUCAACGCCUCCGUCAAGGGCCUCUACAAGGCAAAAACCUGACUAGUUUGGAGUUCCAGAGUUGGCAUGCGAAGGAACCCUCAAAAGGACGGGAACAGAAUUACGUCGCCCUGGAUAGAGAAGGCAAUAUGCACGAUAUUCCCAACAGUUGGAAGCUCGCUUUCAUUUGUGAAGCACCACACAUUUGAGUUGGGUGAGAAGAUUUUCUUCUUCUACUGUUUUUCACGUUUGUUUAACUUCGUUAAGAUAAGUUUUCUGUAUUAAAGAGUAGAUAUAAUUCAUGAUACUCAGCUAUUAGUUCAUAAACCACAGAAAGACAAAAUGGUUUGCGAAUGGUACAAAACAAAAUUUUGCCAUUUAUGAUAACAGCUAAUCUGCAUUACAAGCUAAAAUUAGUGUGCAUAUUAUAUUUUGAAAAAGAAACUUGAUUGAACAAUACACUUUAAACUUGCAUAUUAUUAGCGCUUCUUCCUAAGAAAAUAAUACUCUACACAAGUGUUCUCUGAUAUCUGUAUUUGUAUCAAU